AUGUUGAUACCUUCCUUUUCCAUUCUUCUUCCAUCUCUUCUUCUUCUUCUUCUACCUUCAGUUUUCAUUAUUCUCAAACACAUCAAAUCUCCAUCUUCAAAAAAACUCCCACUUCCUCCUGGUCCAAGUCCAUGGCCAAUCUUUGGAAAUCUCCUUCAAAUGGGUCAAAAUGCUCACGUUUCCAUAACCCAAUUUGCCAAUGUCUAUGGCCCUUUAAUCUCCCUCAAGCUCGGAGCUCAGCGUCUCAUCGUCGCUUCUUCUCGGGCUGCCACCACUGCAGUUCUCAGGACGCAAGACUGCCUUCUCUCUGCUCGAUACAUCUUUCAAAUGACCCCUGAUAGAGCUCUCCACGAUCAGCACUCUCUUGUUUUCUCCCAUGAAUAUGGAGACCAAUGGAAGAAUUUGAGGUCAAUUUGUAAAGUGAACUUGUUUACGGCUAAAGAAAUUGAAUCACAGGAUACUUUGAGAGAGAAGAAGAUGAAGGAGUUAGUGGAAUUUCUGGAAUCAAAACAAGGAUCUGUUGUGGAGAUUAAAGAUUUUGUUUUUACCUCUGUUUUCAAAUCUCUUACUAACUUGAUACAAAAUCAAGUUAGAAAGCCAACAAACUUAUUUCCAAUUAAACUCACUUAUAUCUGA